CAAUUACGUCGCAGUCCUUACCACUAAAACAAGAUGAAGAUUGCAAAGUUUUAUGCUCUUCUCCAGAUUUUAUACAUCUUUCCGGUCGCCUUUGCGCAACUGAGAGUCGGAUUUUACAGCCAAUCCUGCCCUAAUGCAGAAAUAAUCGUAGAGAACCUGGUCCGCGAGCGGUUCAGUGUUGACCCUUCAAUCACAGCUGCUUUGACUAGGAUGCAUUUUCAUGACUGUUUUGUCCAGGGCUGCGACGCUUCUCUCCUAAUAGACCCAACGACCACUCGACCAUCAGAAAAGAACGCUGGUCCAAACGGCAGCGUGAGAGGGUUUGAGCUGAUCGACGAGAUCAAGAGGGUUCUUGAGGCUCAAUGUCCCUCCACGGUCUCGUGCUCCGAUAUAGUCACGCUCGCCACACGUGACUCGGUUUUCUUAGGUGGAGGACCGAGCUACGUGGUUCCCACUGGACGACGUGAUGGCUUUGUUUCGAACCCUGCAGAAGCCGAAGGGAUCCUCCCCGGACCAGGCCUCCCAGUCUCAGCUAUGUUAGCGUUCUUUGGGAAUAAAGGGAUGGAUGUUUUUGAUGCAGUGGCUCUUUUGGGUGCACACACGGUUGGGAUCGGGUCUUGUGGUAAUUUUGUGGACCGUCUCACCAAUUUUCAAGGAACCGGACAGCCUGACCCCACUAUGGAUCCCGGUUUGGCUGGCAGGCUAAGGGACACAUGUUCAGCUGGAGGCAGCCAAGUUGCAGCACUGGACCAGUCGACACCAUUUGCCCCAUUCUCAUUUGACAACUUGUUUUUCACUCAGAUCAGAGAGAGGAAAGGAAUUUUACUACUUGAUCAUCUGCUCGCGACACACCCAUCCACUUCUGAUGUUGUGUUUCAAUAUGCUGUCAACAACGAACUAUUCAACCGCCAGUUCGCAAUCGCAAUGGUCAAAAUGGGAACUGUUGACGUCCUUACCGGCUUAGCUGGUGAGAUCAGGAGUAACUGUAGAGCUUUCAACUAAUGGCUCAUUAACUCGUUUCCAAAAUCUGAUUCUUGAAUUGUGAAUGGUGAUUACUUGUUUACGUAAUAACUAUAUGUAUAUAUCUUUAAAUAAAAUUUUGUGAAUGGUUA